AUGGAGCGUGAUUUAGAUGAUGAUGUUGGAGUUGAUAACAGUGCAGAGUGUGAGUUUUUUAUUGAUAGUCUAGUCGAUGGUAGUUUAACGAACAAUAUUAUAGAUCCACGGUUACAACAAGAGCAUUUGGAUCAGCAUUUACGUGUGCCACAAGAAUCUGAAGUUUUACAACAACAACCUCUUUUGGAUGAUGUUGAAGUUGAUGAUAAUUUUAUCGAUAUGGUGUGUGAAAUUUGUUCGGAGUCAGACGGUACAGAAAAUUGUCAUUGUAGUGAGACGCACGAAUUUACACAUCAGGGUGAUGAUGCCAUGGAAAAAUUUGUUGAUUUAGUUUUAAAGUCAAAAUCAAGAUACUCAAAAUUAAUUUGUAUAGCUCAUAAUGGCGGUGGCUAUGAUGCUCAAUUUGUCUUACAUUUGAAGAAUUUCUUGAAAACAAUUGAUAAUAAUUUUUAUAAAGAAGCAAUAUUGCCUCGUGAUGCUUUAUUUGGUGGGCGAACUGAAAAUUUUUGUGUCUCACAUACUGUUACUGGUUCUGAAAAGAUAUACUACGUGGACGUCACAUCACUUUAUCCUUCGGUAUUGAAGAAAAAUAUUUACCCGCUAGGCCACCCUAAAGUUUUUGUUCUGGAUGAUAUACGUGAGCUUUGUCCAGAUAAUAACAUAAGUAAUGUGAUAGGAUUAAUUAAAUGUCGAGUUUUGCCACCACCCGAUUUAUAUAUACCAGUAUUGCCAAUGAGAUGUCAUAAAAAAUUAUUUUUUCCACUUUGUAACGCAUGUACAUUAACUUUAAAUCAAGAAAAUUGUACUCAUAAUGAAUCAGAACGAGCACUUAUUGGUACUUGGGUAUCUGAAGAGUUGAAAGUAGCGGUUGAGAAAGGGUAUAAAAUUUUACAAAUAAAAGAAAUAUGGCAUUGGGAUAAAACAACUCAAUAUGAUCCGAAAACUAGAACUGGUGGUCUAUUUACAGGUUAUAUAAAUAAAUUUUUAAAAAUAAAACAAGAAGCUAGUGGUUGGCCUGUAGAGUGCGUUGAUGACGCAUCAAAACAAGCAUACAUAGAUAAUGAUAGUGGAGUAGAGGGAAUUGAUUUAGAUCCUACGAAAAUUGAAAAAAAUCCUGGUUUACGUCAAGUUAGUAAAAAUAACUUGAAUUCGCUUUGGGGUAGGCUAGCAAUGGAUAAUAUUUCGGAUAUGUACAGUAUUAUUCAAAAUAUUCAAGAUUUUAAUAAAAUUAUUGAAAAUGCCAAUAUUAAAGUUUCUUGCAUAACUAUUAUCGAUGAUGAUACACUAUUUGUCAAUUGGAAAUAUGUUGAAAGUUGUGAUAGAACUGAUAGCUCAACUAAUCCAGUUCUAGGCGCAUUCACGACUGCGCAUGCGCGCUUAGAAUUAUACAAAUAUCUUGAUAAAGUUCAGUCACGAGUAUUGUAUGUUGAUACUGACUCUAUAGUUUUUAUUUCUGAGAAUGAAAAUGAUAAACUGCCAUUAGGUAAUUAUUUAGGUGAUCUCACUGAUGAGCUUGAUGGUGGUUACAUAAAAACUUUUAUUUCUGGGGGCCCUAAAUUUUAUAGUUAUAUUGCUGAAAAACCUGAUGGUACAAUAAGUAAAGUAUGUAAAUUAAAAGGUGUGCGCCUUGACGUUAAUGCUCAAAAAUUAGUCAAUUAUGAUAGUAUUAAGACUUUAACUGAUGGUGAAAACGACAAAAUUAUUGUAACUUGUGACUCAAUACGUAGAACUAAAGAACAUGAUGUACAUACAAUAUCAGAAUCGAAAAUUGUACGUGUUACCGGUCCGAAACGGAAAUUUACGGCUAACAUGAAUAAUACAUUACCGUAUGGUUAUAAUACUAUGUAUAAUAGCGGUAAAAAAAGACAUGGGGGCUUAACUACUGAGUAUAAUACUAGCCUGUAUAAUACCAGUAAAAAAAAACCUAGGGACUUAACGACUGAGUAUAAUACAUGUAAUAAUACUGUAAAUAAACGUGCUAAAUAUGUUAUAUGA